AUGCGGCAGUCGUGGCUCGUGUUCGCGCUUCUCGCCCUCUUCGCGCUCUCGUCGGCCCUGAGCCUGGAAGAGGCCCUCCACAUCGACGGCAUCGAGGAGUAUCUACACCAGGGCAUGAAGCGACAGGCCACGGGCACUGGCAACACAGCGGCGUCCGAAUCCACGCCCACUCCUACCGACGAUUCAUCAUCCGAUGCCCCGACGUCGACACCGGACAACACUCCCUCACCGACGCCCACGCCGACGCCUACCGACGACUCCUCUUCAAACCCCGAGUCCACACCGCCGCCUGAAUCUUCACAAGUGCCCUCAUCUGGAGGCGGUCGCUCAUCAGGAGCAGGGAGCACGCCCGCGCAGUCGACCGCGGCUCCUGUGACCUCCACGAGGAUCACGACACCCAUCGUCAGGACCACACCCCUCGUCGCUACGUCCGUCCAGCCGUACACCACGGUCUACACUACCAUUAGCAAUGGCCAGAAUGUUGCGGUGACGAGCGUGGGAUCUAGCACGGCCUUGAUCACCACCGGACAGUCUCUGCAAACCACGCUUCCUGAGCCCCAGGACGAUGGCAGCAACGGCGGCGGCGGCCUCAGCGACAGCAACAAGAAGAUUAUCGGCGGCGUUGUUGGCGGUGUCGGUGGCGCCAUUCUGCUCGGUGGUAUUGCCAUCAUCUGCUGGAGGAUCUGGGGCCGCAAGAGGCAUGUCUCGGAGGACGACGCGGACUUGAUGGCCGGAACCGGAUCUGCCCUUGGCGACAAACCUCAGAACGCGAGCUCGCCUUUCCAGUCGAACCUCGAACAAUACCACAACCCUGGCGGACGACCGAACGCGGCAGCCAACUUCUAA